AUGGCCACAGCAUUGAGCUCCUUGAUCCACCUCGCGGCUCCUGGACUUCGCAAUGAGGCCAGCUUGGCUCUCAAGCAGGACAGUACCAUCUCCGUCGCCGAGGUGGAAGCACGCGAGCAGGCCCGGUGGUUGGUGCACUCGCCAUACACCGAGCGAGACCAUCAGCUCGACUUGCACACGCUCGACCACGAGAAUGCCCUCCUGGCGCGGGCCAUGACCAAGAUGGAAUGCACCAGGACAGACUAUGCCACAGCGCCGUACACUAAGUCCUUCAACUGGCGGGAUGUGCACGAUGAGCUUCGCCGGCUGGUGAAGGAAUCGGGAAAGCCGUUCAAGGAAACUUCCUUUUACGUAGUCGUCUUUCUCUCGCAGAUCCCGCCGACGACGGUCUAUGCGGACCUCGGUGCCCUCGACAAGGAGGCGCACCGCGAGGCCAACGAAUUCGGCGGCUUCCUCAAGUACUGGUUUGGAGCGCCCGAUGCCGAAGGUCGCAACCUGGCGACAUGCUUCUGGCGAUCGCGACCUGAUGCCGUCAGAGCCGGACACGGCCCAGCUCACCGCAAGGCGGCACGGGCGACGGCAUCAAUGUACUCUUUCUGGAAGAUUGAUCGACACAGACUCAUAGUCAAGGAUGACGCUGAGAGCUUCGAGUUCAUCGAUUGGGAGGAUUAG